AUGGCUGGUGCCAAUGGUUCUCAAGGCCCUAUGGUCGUGGGCGUCUGUGUGGCCUUUGCCACCUUGACCUUCGUUGUGUUGGCUCUUCGUCUCUUCGCACGCCUUUAUGUCUUGGGCCAAAUGGGCGUUGACGACUACCUCAUUAUUUGCGCUUGUGCGUUGUCAUGGGCAUUUAUAGCUGUCGUAAUCAUCGCGGUCAAACAUGGACUUGGAAAACAUUUUGCGGAUGUCGACCAGACCAAGAUCGUCGACUAUUCUUUUGCUGUCUGGCUGAGCUCAAUGUUCUAUCUCGCAACACUUGGAUUCGUCAAAACCUCCGUCCUGUGGUUCUAUACUCGCCUCGGAGAUCGCUAUCUCACUCGCCUAUCCUGGGUUAUGAUGGGAGUAAUCGCAGCACAAGCCAUCUCAUUCGUUCUCGUGGCUGCAUUCCAAUGUCGACCCAUUAGCAUGGCCUGGACUGGAACUGGAACUGGAAAAUGCGUCAACAUCAACAUUUUCUAUCUAUGCAACGCCGCCUUGAACAUCGUCACCGAUCUCAUGACUUAUACCUUGCCCGUCAAGGUAAUCUUCCAUCUCCAGAUGCCUCAGAAACAGAAGUUUGUCCUGGCAUUUAUCCUCUGUCUUGGUCUUUUCGCUUGCAUCUCCUCGAUCAUUCGAAUUACCUACAUUCCUGCCAUGCUUAGCUCGAAGGACUCCACCUACGUCAUCAGCGGUUCCAUGUAUUGGUCUGUUAUCGAAACCAACGUCGGCAUAUUCGCUGCCUCAAUCCCGUCAUUCAAGGCGAUUGCAUCCCACUUCGUGCCUCGCUUCAUCGGCGAAUACAGCAGUGGGAAUAAGUAUAACCCAUGGUCAAGCAACAACACUUCUCCGUGGUAUGCAUCUAGAUUCUCCAAGGCCAGGGAUCCCAACAGCCUCACUAUGUUCACGGUCGACAGCAAGGACGAUGAUCCCAUGGGUAACAACAUUGGCGGGGCCAACUCCAGCAAGGAGCGUAUUAUCCCCAAAAACAGGAUCUUUACUCACACGAAGAUCGAAACUACCUUUGAAAUAAAUGAUAGUGGAAGGGAAAGCUCGGCAUCGCUCGAGCGAACUGGUUAA